AUGGAACUUGCAACUCUCUGCGAUACCAAGGUUUGUGCUGUUAUUACUGGUCCUAAUGGGGAACUCCAAACUUGGCCUGACAAUUUGGAUGCCUGUAAAGAUGUUUUUGAUCUCUACUCUCAAAAUCUGAAACCCAAAAAGAAGCACAAGGAAUCAUCAACACCAGUACCAGAACUAGAAGAAGAACAAAGAGAGAAAGAUCUCCUAACGCUAGUUGAAUCAAAUAUUGCUAAUGUCAACAGUAGAAUUUGUUUCGUGGAGAACAAGAAUGUUGUUGUUGCUGAUAAUGGGAAAAGAAAGAGAAUUGAGUGA